AUGAAGAAGGUAUAUGGGAGUGAGGUUGAGCACUACCAAAACAAUUUGGACUAUGCUGCAGCUGUGCACAAAUGGAAUCUGGGCAUCAUGUGUGGUUUGUUAAAAGAUGACAUUCAUUUCCAUAGGAUGUUUGUAUGCUUGGAUGCAUGCAAGAAAGGUAUAAUUGUUGGAUGUAGGCUGAUGAUUGUAUUGGAUGGUUUCCAUUUGAAGGGUCCAUACGGGGGACAAUUAUUAUGUGCGGUAGGCAAAGAUAGGAAUGAUGACAUGUACCCAAUUGUUUAUGCUGUUGUAGAAUCCGAGUGUAGAGACUCAUGGACAUGGUUUAUGGCUACUCUACUUGAUUUUUUUGGGCCCUAUCGAAGAUUGUGGAUGGGUAUUUAUGGUCUCAUGGAUACAUUUGAUACUGUGUACCUUGGGGUUGAACAUAGGUUUUGUAUUCCACAUCUUCAUGCCAAUUGUAAGCAGAAAGGAUGGAAAGGAAGAGCAUUUAAAGAUGAGUUGUUUGGAGUCGCUAGAGCCACAACCAAAUCAGAUUUUGAACGGCACCUGAAUGUGAUUAAGGGAAUGAGUGAAGAAGCUUUUGAUUACUUGGAAAAAAUUGAUCCUAGAAGUUGGUUAAGGCAUGCAUUUGGAACCAAUUUCAAAACUGAUAUGAUCUCCAAUAACAUUGGCCGAAUCCUUUAA